CCUCGAAACCGUACUACGCCAUCUCACUCCCACGCAGCAGCGCAGCCACUUGCACAAGAUGGAGAAGACGGCGGCCCCUCUCCUCCUCGCGGCGGCCUUGUUCCUCGUCGUCGCCGGCGACGGAUCGGAGCCGACGCCGACGCCGACGCCAUGGCCGGCCCAGUUCCACGCGAAGCUCCUGAUGGAGUUCCACGGCAACCUGUCGCUGGCGGACCUGUGGUACGACUGGCCGGGGGGCCGCAACCUCCACGUCAUCCGCUACCAGCUCGCCGCCGACGAGCCCUUCUACGACAACGAGUGGAACAACGGCACCUCCUUCUUCUACACCCCGGCCCGCCGCGCCUGCCGCUCCGCCGCCGUCGGCGUCGGCAUCCUGCCCCCAAACUGGCUCGUCCCUGGCUCCGUCUACCUCGGCCGCCACCCCGCCGACGGCUUCGACUGCCACGUCUGGGCCAAGGCCGACUUCAUCACCUACUACGAGGACACCCUCACCAAACGCCCCGUCAAAUGGGUCUUCUACACCGGGAGGACUAGCCAUGUGAUGAGCUUUGAGGAGGGUGCUGUGCUGGAGGACGCAGAAUGGCAGGCACCUGAAUACUGCUUCGGCAAGGGUGAUGAGACUGAAACAUCCAACGACAACGCCCUCAUCUCUGAACCUGUUGCUGGGCAUGAUAAGGGCUUCUUCCCCAGGAGAGAAUUCUGAGAGGCUAGCUGUAUUCUACUAUUAUCUGGUGAGACCCAAGACCUUAAUUAGUAUGGCCACCAUGCUGCUAAUCGUCUGUCUGUAUUGUGCUCAAGUAUCACAUUCAAAACAUUCACUGUGCGAGUUUGCGGGAUGUACAGUUUUGUGCAAACAGGUGAAACUAAUCUGGACCAUAUAUCAUUUGUGUAAUAAAUUUGGAUCAUGUGUUUCUUAGAACCGUACUCAUAAUACGGAUGAAGUGAAAUAAAUAUGGUUCACUAUGUGGUUACAGUAAAA